AUGAAGCAGCAAAGACCUUAUUUUGUGUGCAAGAAGUGCGGCCCAGAGUCAUGGAUUUUCUGUGACAGAGCUGCCAAAGCUGAAACCUGCCACCUGUGCGGUGGUCGCUGGCCGAAGUACAAGGAGCAGCCUAGCUCCAAACCUGAGCGGGUCUGGCGAUCCCAACAAGCUGUGCAGCCGAAAGGUUUUCGUCAGGACGGCAAGAUCCACAAAGCGUUAGGGGCGGGAGGGCACUUAGGAAAGGGCAAAGGCAAAGGGAAGCAGAGUGAGCCGGCAGAGCAUGACUCAGCUCAUCAGGCCUUGUGGGAAUCGGCAAGCUCGGAGCAGCGAGCAUGGCUUCAUCAGCUCGGCUUUCAGUGCCCCAGCCCGUCGGAGCCCUCAGAUUUGAAGACACUGAUCAACGCGCACAUGGACCAGCUCCCGGAGACGCUUAGGCAAGCAAUAGCCAGUCUUGAGCCGCCAGAGCCGGAACCUUCGGCCACAGAGCAAGUUUUGUCAGCCACGAAGAAAUUCAAGGCAAGCACGAAUGAGCUUCGUCAACUCAUUCAGAAAUCUGCAGGCUUGCAGGUCAAAAUCGACCGUGCCAAAGCCACGUAUGCAGAUCUGCUGGACCAAAUGAAGGCUGUCCAGACUGAAUUGGCUGAUAAGCAGUUGGAGGUCACCAAACUCCAAAAGGAACUGGAGUCCAAGGUCCAAUCUGGAGCCGGGUUGCCGAUUUUGCCAGGAAAGGAGGCCGUCCUUCUGGCAUUAACGCAAUGUGGCAUCACCCUCAGCAGCGAGCAGCAGGCCCUUCUUGAAGGCAGCAUGGAUGUGGAACCUGCCCCUCUCGUUGCACCGAAACCGCAUAACACGGAGGAAGAGAUACUAGCAUCGGCUCCCCAGCCGCAGGGUGCCCAGCCUCCUGCUGAUUGGCCGGAUGGACCGCGAGAGGGCAAGCAUCGUUCGCCGCGUCAGCUACCAGCUGUGCUGGCCAGGACCAUGCCGAGCAUGUGGGUCGGGCAAUCCCAGAUGAACCUCUCCGCACAUGCCCAGUGGCAAAACUCCUGCCCCUUCCUGAAGGCGCCGGAGGAGGCCAAACUUACCAUCCCCCUCCCGAGCCCGUGUGCACCGGCCCAGGACAAUGUUGCACAUGUCACCUCCAACCUCAGCCCCAGUCGGGGUGAACCUGACUGGUUGUUUCGGUAUGCAGGCCAGCUGGUGACAGCUCUGUGUGAGACUUGUGCUGUGCAUGUGGCUCAUACCGUUGCACGAUUCACCAUGGCAUGCCAAACAGUCCAAAUGCAAUACGAGGUGCAGGACCUUGAUGGCCUAGUGCAUGAGAUGCAUGAUAAGUGUGUUUAUUGCUUGGCCAACCAGGCCCUGGAUCACACGGGAUCAGAGUCAGGCUCCUUCGCAGAUGAGGGUGACGAUGUAGAGCAGCCUUUCAGUGCGGUGGAAUGCCGUUUGGACCCAUUUGCCGGACAGGAAUGCCCAGCUGAAGCGUCAUCAAUGCCACGGGUGGUGGGUGCGCGCGCCGAUUGCAGUUCACAUCGUAUUGGCCGAUCCGGACAGCAGCGGCUAACACCAGCUGAGGCCGCUGCGGCUCAGAUGUGGAAGCAGGUGCAUCAGAGCAUUCACCAGGGUAAUGAGGAAAAAUUGUUGGAUGCCAUUGAGACCUUGGAAAAGGGUGGUCACAUGCAUGAGGGCACCUUUGCUUGGACAGCUGCUGAGCUAGCGAUCCAAAGUAGGUUUGAUGUUCCCACUCAUGUUGCCGCUUGGGCUGCUGAGGAUGUCCUUGCGAAUUUUGGCACCAAGCCAGCCAGAUCAAACUUGACCUUCGUAAGUGCCAAUGUGACCAGGUGGCGCAAAGACCUGGCACCCUGGAUAGGGCAGCACCGCCCGUCUGUGUGCAUCCUCCAGGAAACACAUGUCCACCCGGACCAGGGCGAUCUCAUUGCUACUCACAUGGCGCCGUUUGGAUAUAAUGUGCUAAGUGUCCCGGGUCACCCCACUGGCAGUGGUGGCACUUCAGGGGGCUUUGCAGUGUGCUAUCGUAAGCAUUUGGACGUCAGGACUGUGCAUCAAUAUGUUCACCAAGGCACCGGGUUCCAAGCAGUUGCCAUGCGCGUCCGAAAUUUUGAUUGCUUUUUUGUUAAUGUCUACCUCAAGGCAGGGGAGGGUUUUCAGAGUAGUACCAAUGCCCUGAUUUUGUCACACUUGAUUCCCUUCCUGCGAUCGGUGCGCGGAGAAUUUGUUGCGGUUGGCGACUUCAAUGAGGAUUUUGAAAUCUUGGCUGGUACCAGCAUUGCGCAGGAAGCCAAAGGUCAGUGGAUCAGUGCAGGUGAGUCCACGUGCGCCGGCGGUGGUAACAUUGAUUUUGGCCUGCUGUCGCCCUGCCUUGCGACAGGUGCGAGCCUAAAUCUUGAUUGGAUUACCCCGUUUGCGCCUCACGCCGCUUUGCAUUGGACUUUGAGUCUCCAGCACCUUGAGGUAAAUUUGCCGCAACUAUGCCGCUUUAAGUCUGUUCCCGUGCAACCUCAACCUUUUCAUCCCCUCCAAGCCACCACCGACUCGGCUGGCCAGCCGGGGUGCCAAUUUCAGCCGGCGCAGGAUCCUACGAUGCUAGGGGUCCGCGUUGUUAAUCAUGAUCUUUCAGGCUUUUUCGCUAACCUUAGUGGGGCCAUCGAGCUUUCGGUGUACGGUGUCAUGCAAGGUCGCGGAAGCAUCCCAAAGAUGAGCAGAAGCAAACUUCUGACUCCAGUCAUGCCGGCUGCAAGUUGGGGGGGCUCAGAAACGUCCUUUUGGAAUAGAGUUGUGGUGUGGCUUGAAGGCUGCGUAAGAAAGUUCCAUGCAAGCUCCUUUGCUCUUGGGGCCGCCAAGCGUAUACCUGAAAUGUGGCAUGGCAACCAUUCACAACAGGAGGCUUUCGUUACAGACUUGGUAGCCCUGCUCAGGGAUCAUAGCGAAGCGUUGGUCCAGCCCUUACUCCAGGUCGCGCGUGAGCAGCGUAAAUAUCAUGCCCAGGCGUGGGCGAAACAAAAGAGCUCAUCCUACAUAUGCUGGUUGAAACAUUCCUCCCAGAAGGGCAUGAGGCCCCUUUUCAGGAGUGUCAAAGCUGAAGAGGCGAUCCACAUCAGACCUUUUACGGAUGCGCCGGUUCAGGAGCGCAUUUACCUCCGAUGGAGGCAGUGGUUCGACUUGUGGACGCAGCCUACGGGUGUGGAUCCUGAGUUGCUUUGCGAGCUUCGCCGCAGGGCUGUUGAACAAGCCGGGUCGCUUGACCCCAUCCCUUUAGAUAAAGCGGUUGCGUACUUCAAGAAAGUACCCACUAAAGCCCCUGGCUUAGAUGGAUGGACAUGUGAAGUCUUGCACAAUCUUCAGCCAAACGCAGUGCAGGCAAUCCUUGACUUUUUCCGCCACUGUGAGCUUGAAGCGUCGUGGCCGGAUCAGUUUGUGUUUUCCCUAAUCGCCCUUUUGCCGAAAAGUGAAAAGCGAGAACGACCCAUUGCGUUAAUGCACAUUUUGUAUCGCUCGUGGGUUCGCCUCCGGUGGAAGCUUGUAGCAGAUUGGCAGCAGGCCUACUCCCGGCAGGCUUCCUGGGACAAAGCAGUCCCAGGUAGUCAAGUUUUGGAUGUUGCGCUUUCCAGGCUAGUUUUGGGGGAGUCGGUGAGGCAUCAGAAACAUCACUUGAUUACACUUUUUCUUGACCUGGAAACUUUCUACGACCGCUGCCGGUUUGACGACAUCAUCCGAUCAGGUUUCCAACUCGGCUAUCCGCCGCUAGUCCUUCACCAGGCAGUUCUCACUUACCUGGGGCCGAGGUUUGUUCAGUCAGAGGGCUCUUUGUGUCCUCCAAUCCUUCCCUCGAGGGGGGUGUUAGCUGGUUGUCCAGCUGCGCCCUCUGUCACGAAGCUGGUGAUACACCCGAUAGCUGAGCGUCUGAUGGUUAAGCGCAGCGUCAGCAAUCUUGAUAUCUGGCUUGAUGACCUGUCCCUAGACUCGAUAAGUAAGUCGGCUUCGCAAGUUGCCAGUGACAGUUUGGUGUUGUUCAGAGGCUUGAGGCGAGACUUCGAGGCUAGAGGUGCGAAGCUGUCAGUUGACAAAUCUGCUUUUGUUGCAUCUUCGCCAGCGGCGGCUAAGGCCCUACAAUCCCUUCUUGAGCCCACUGACCCCAAAGUCAAAACUGUGGCACGUGACCUCGGGGUAUCCUCUGGUGGUGCUCGACGCCGUGUGUUGGGAGUUGCAGAGCAAAGACGGCGCAAGGCCAUUGGGCGUCCCCUGGCUGCGACCCAGGCUUAUCUGCUGGAGUUGGGCGUUUCAGCUCCACAAGCCACGGAGUGGCAAUUUGGCACGCGCGUUUUGCGAGUUGACUGGACUUGCUUAGAUGCAGUACGCCAGGAAGCCACCGCCUGCGUGCCUGCACUUUCUGCAGUAGGCUCCGUCACCGACGGGUUGUGGAGUCAAAGCACUGUCCUUUCCAGCCGCAACCUUGUCUUUGCUACUGAUGCUUCCGGUGGCCCUGGGGCCAAGGAUCCGAGGUCCAUAUGUGUUUCGUGGGCCAUUGCGGCUUACCAGAUUGAAGAAGGUGUUCCUCAAAGGGUGGCUAGCGUUACUUGUUUCCCGGAGAGUCCCCUGUCGGUGGCUCAAGCUGAGCAACAGGCCGUCCGUGAACUUUUUGCUCGUGUAGAAGGCGCUUUUGACGCGACCAUUGACUGCAAAAGUAUCACAUCCAUCUUGAAGAAGGCCACGCCUCCUAUGGAGGGCCCUGUUGACUGGGGUAAUGUGUGGCAAGAACGUGACAGAGCAGACUUGCACUGGGUUCCCAGUCACAAAACGAAGGAUUACUUCGCUGAACGUAACAUCCCGGAAUGGCUCAUUCAACACUCCACAGCUGCACUUUGUGUGAAGUUGACCAGCUGUGCGAAGACGUUUGCCUUCAUCUUGCUCGCAAAAUAG